UCAUGUCUCAUGUGAAGAAUAUUAGACUUGAGUCUUGGCAUGAAUCCUGCAUGGGGACUCCUCCCCUAAUUUGUCUGAUGACUGUCAUGAAAUUGAUAAGAUUGUGUACAGGGCUUUCUUAACCCCAGUACAGUGAAUGACAACCGGAUGAUUUAUCUUUUUAACUUUAGAAUUUUAAUAUAUUUGAGAUCCUCCUCCCAGCCUUAAGCACUUUAAUGCACUGUAUUUAAGAUUAAAGCAAGUGCUAUGCUGUUGAUGCUCACUCUUGCAGGUUAUAAAUAUAGUCACAUAUGUGACUCAGUGGGCUUGAGGUUUAUUAAGAGUGGAACGGAAACUAGAUUAGUCAUAUUUUACACACCAGCUGUGGCCUUUUUUCUCUUCUAUUUGCAGUUCAGCCCCUGAGAAGAUGAGAUGGGUGCUUCUAAAUGGCUCAUGUUUUUUGUAUGCAUUUAUUUGACACAGUCUGAAAAUGAAGCCUCAUCCUGGAUAUCCACAUACCCAACCUCAGUUAAAGGUCUCCUUAGCUCAUGUGUGGUGAUUCCUUGCUCAUUUAACUACCCAGAUCAAGGAAAACCACAUGAUUACACUGGGAUUUGGUAUAAUCUGGAUGGUAUAAUUUUUCACUCAAAGGAGCCUCAAAAGAUGUUACAGAAAUAUAAAAAUCGGAUUGUGCUGGUUGGAAAACUUGAAGAAAAGAACUGCUCUCUGAAGAUCGAUACCCUUCAACAAAACGACAUAGGGCCAUUUAAUUUCAGAAUCGAAAUCAAGAACUAUGAAAGUUAUAGCUACAAAAAUAAAGUCUCCAUUUCUGUUAUCAGUAACCCAAAUCCCAUCCAAUUUUCCGUGGCAGAGGACAUAAAGGCGGGACAAAAGGUGUCUGCAUCUUGCUCUGUGUCUCACUCCUGCCCCGCCUCUCCUCCUGCUUUCAAGUGGAGUCACUCUGGAGAGGAGAUUCAUCAGUCCCAACACCUUGGCGAUGCUGAGUGGAACGAAAAAUCUAUUCUGACCUUUCGCCCAACCCAUAUUGACCACAACAAGACUUUACAGUGUACUGUAACAUACAAGGGAGGAAAAAAGCAAGAAAAAUCCAAGAUCCUUCAUGUAAGACAUCCACCAGUGAAUGUAAAGGUUGAGUACAAGUCCAACGUAUCGGAGGGAGAUACUGUGGAUCUGACUUGCUCCAGUGAGGCUCACCCUCCUGUCAGUCGCUAUGAGUGGCACAAUGAAACAGGUGCAAACCUCUCUGAGGGAAACCUGUACGUAGUGUCCAAUGUCUCUAGAAACAUAGGAGCAAUGUACUGUACUGCUAUCAACAACGAGGGACAAGCUAGCUCAAAGUCUGUGCUGCUCAAUGUUCUAUAUGCUCCUGAGGUCAAAACUGAGUUGUCGUGCUUUUCAGAGGGCAACUGGGUGAAGUGUGAGUGUAUUGUGGACUCCAAUCCUCCCAGUACAGUCACUUUUAAGCUUGGUGACAGAAUUCUGCCAGGAGCUAAAAAUGUUCAAGAUGGUUCCUUUAGUCUAAAGGUUCUUUGGAAAGACUUAGAGUCCUACAAGUUUGUGCAGUGUUUGGCUGUCAACAUACAAGGCAGGGCCAACCUCAAACUCUUUUUACCUCAUGACGGUAUAAUGCUUUACAUUUUCAUUGCUAGUGGCGUAGCUGGGUUGUUGUUGAUCAUUUUACUUGCAGUGGGAGUUAUUAAGAAAUGGGGGACAUCUAGAGACACUUCAGGAUUAGGCCAGAAUCCCGCAAUUACACAUAAAGCUUCAGAACCUGCACAGAUGGUCUCAAAAAGGAAAGAGAUCUGUGAUAAUCCACCUUAUUCUGAUAUUUAUCUGAAUGAAAAUAUGUAUGGAAAUGUUGGGUUUGGCUUGGAUGAUCAAAUAUAUGCCAAUGUUUAAGGAAUGGAAGAAUAGCUGCUGUCCGUGCUUUUGCUAGUGUUGAAAAUACCUUGUUUUGAAAUCUGUAUUUAUGAAAAUCCUGAUUAUUUUUAAAGCAUUUGGGUACCAUUCAACUCUCUAAUGUUGUUCAAAGUUGAUGUUAAGUUUAUUGGUUUCUUCUGCUUGCAGCUAAUACCUCUCCAAAUAAGUCUUGUAAAUACACGCUUGAAUAACGACCAUUAAAUUGUUGCAAAAAAUGAACCUUGAA